CUGCCGGUCCUUCUUUCCCUCCCCUGCUCCCCCCGGGAAGCGGCUGGUUUUCUGCUUCACUCUCUGGGCCUCGUUUGUUUGGUUUUCCGCCCCCCCCCCUUCCUCCCCUCCGAUUUUGCUUUUACUUUCUUUCAACCGCCAAGCCAGCACGACGCUUUCCUCUGCCCUGGGGGCAGCAGCAGCAGCAACACUCACAACGCCCGGGCCAGGUUGCCUCGGAACAAGCAGAGAGACCUUUCCCGCCUCCCUCCCUCCUACCUCGUCCCCCCCCCUCCUCCGAAAGCAACGAAGCGCCCCCCGGUCCUCAGCCAUGGAGACAUGAACGCCUCUUCUCCCCUCUCGACCAUGGAGCAGGCAGGAAACUAACACAAAGAGCAACGCAGCCAAAGACAGCAUCUCUUUCGCCGCCGGAGCCGCACGAUCAUGGGGGUUUGAUGGAGCGGAUGCUGGCCAAGUCCAACGGGGAAUUUUGCAGCUUUGCAGGGGAGGUAGCUGUAUCCAGUUGGGUGACAGGCAAACCCAAGGGGUACCAUGAAGUUUUCGGGACCCCUGGAGAGCCAGAGGUUGUCUCUCCUCUUGGAGAUGGCAAUCUCUAGGGAAGCUCAGAUGUGGAAAGUUCAUGUGCCCAAAAUUCAGCCCAAUCAGGAUGUCGGCAUUUCUCCAAUCCAGCGGGACGAAGUAAUCCAUUGGUUGGCCAAACUAAAGUGCCAGUUCCACCUUUAUCCAGAAACGCUCGCUCUGGCUGUCAGUCUCUUGGACAGGUUUUUAGCUGCAGUGAAGGCCCGUCCAAAGUACUUGAACUGUAUUGCAAUCAGCUGCUUCUUCCUCGCCGCCAAGACUAUCGAGGAAGAUGAGAGGAUUCCAGUACUGAAAGUGUUGGCCAGGGACAGCCUUUGUGGCUGUUCUCCAGCGGAAAUUCGCAGGAUGGAGAAGAUCAUUCUGGAUAAGCUGAACUGGGAUCUUCACACAGCCACCCCGCUGGAUUUCCUCCACAUUUUCCACGCCGUCGCCUUGUCAACCAGGCCUCAACUGCUGACCACUCUGCCCAAGAUGAACCCGUCCCAGCACGUGGCUCUGCUCACCAAGCAGCUGCUCCGCUGCCUGGCCUGCUACCAGCUCUUGCAGUUCAAGGGCUCCUUGCUGGCCUUGGCCAUCGUCAGCCUAGAGGUGGAGAAACUGAUCCCUGAUUGGCUCGCCCUCAUCAUCGAAUUGCUCCAAAAGGCACAGAUGGACAGCUCCCAGUUGAUCCAUUGCCGGGAGCUUGUAGCACAGCACCUUUCCGCUACACAGCCUUCCCUGUCACCCAACUCCGUGUACGUCUACAGCCCCCUCAAGCACAACCUGGUGACCUGUCACAUGGGAGCUCUCCGAUUCCACCCCUCCUCUGUCCCAGGCCCAGACUCCAAGGACAACCGCAAACCAGAAGUGCCAACCCAAGGCUCCACUGUGCUCUGCCAGCGCCGGCCGGCUCCCAGCAGAUGCAAGCACAUGACGGCAAAGCGCAAAGUAGAAGAGAUGGAGGUGGAUGAUUUCUACGAUGGGAUCAAGCGGCUCUAUAAUGAGGAGAACGCCCCGGAGGGGGUGGCUUUGGAUGGAAAGGUAGCUGCCUCUGCCUGCAGCACUGACCUCUCACGACAAGGCGGAAGCGUUUCCUCUUGCCCCCCUUUGCAACCCGUUUCCGUCAUGUAGUUGCACACCUGCUCUGCUUCUUCGGAGGAAAGCUGCUAUGUUGUGUGCGUGACAUCGGGCAACAACUGGCCAGUAGAGCGAAGGUAGUACCUUGCAGGGCUAAGCAGAAGGGAGCUAGAUUAUCUUUUUAAAAGAUCCUCUCUUCCCCCUUCCACCCCUCCUUGUGAGGCUAAUUAUAGUUCACCUUUUGUUUAAGUACUUAAAAACCAAAAAAAAGUAUAAAAAACCUUUUUAAAAACACCCAAAACCACACAAAAAAAGUAGCAAAAAAUUAUUUCUUUCUUGUGUUGUGUGUUCUACUGUUUUUAAUCUGCUGUUGUAUAUCGUAUCCCCAUCUGCCAUGUUGGAGAGUUCACAGUGAAUGUGCAAAACACCCCUUUCCAAAUUUCCAAUGACGUCACCCCUCCAGAUUCUAAGUUUGCUUCAUUUUGAGGACUUCCUUUCCCAAAUCCUCUCUCUCUCUCUCUCUCUCUCUCUCUCUCUCUCUCUCUCUCUCUCUCUCUCUCUCUCUCUCUCUCUUAGCAAUCUGGCUGUCUUGUGCAUGAUUUUAUGUACUUCUGCACUUUUACUUAGAUCACCUUUCCUUUUAUUACCAAACAAAAUGUGCAAAACUCCUCUUCCUUAUUUUCUAUCAUUUAGCACUUUGGUGUUUAAAACGUAUUUAAAACUAGAUCUGCAAUUAAAAUUAAGGGAGUUAAAUUGGGAGCAGUGGAGGCUGCAUGAGAUCUGCACAGCACCAAAAAAAAAUUGAGCACUGUCAAUGGAAAACUGAAGAGGUCCCAAUUCCAAGGAGUUUCUCUUCAGGUCCUGGUUUUAGAUCAUCUUUAAGGCAAGAGUUGCCACGUUUUAAUUGUGCACAAAAGCUGGCAACGAUCCAAGUUGACUGACCAAGCCAAAAUAUAACAUUGCAAUGUGCAAAAGUUACAAGCUUAUUUUAACACCCCCCUCCCCAGUUCUUGUACAGCAAAAACAAACAGUGAUAUGAAAGAUUAAUGUUGGCAUUGCUGGUCUAUGCGUUAGGACAUUCUGCAAUCCUGAGUUUUUGCCACGUGUAAAGGGUCAAUCACAGAUUCCUUUCUGCUCCUCCACCCCGAAUUUAUAUAUUCAUGUAACUUUUUAACCAGAAGAUGGGUUGGGGGGGCGGAGUGAUCACCAAGUCCUUUAAACAAGUUUAUUCUUCAGCAUCCCAACUUUCUGCUUUUUGGAAUGAUCUCAGUUUUAAAGUUCUCUCUGCAGCCCUUUGCAAGGUAUUUGCUUUCAGCGGCCAUACUCGGUAGAGCCUUCUGGUAGCAAUAAAAACAAUGUUGUCCUUGGA